AUGAGACUAGCCUUCUCAAAGAGCAGAGAAUUUACUGGAGAUAAACUUCUUGAAUGUAAUGGAUAUGGGAAGGCCUUUAAGAGCAAGAAACAUCUUGCUGUGUGUCAGCUAAUUCAUAUUGGAGAUAAUUCUUAUGAACAUAGUGAAUGUAGGAAGGCCUUCAGGGAGAAGUCACAUCUUAAUGUUGAUCAUAGAAUUCAUACUGGAGAGAAACCUUAUGAAUGUAAUGAAUGUGGAAAGGCUUUCUGGAAGAAGUCACAUCAUACUAAACAUCAGAGACUUCAUUCAGGAGAGAAACCUUAUAAUUGUGAUAAAUGUAGGAAGGCCUUCAGGAUUAAGUCAGAGCUUACUGUGCAUCAGAGAAUUCAUACUGGAGAGAAACUUUAUGAAUGUAGUGAAUGUAGAAAGGCCUUCUUGAAAAAGUCAGACCUUAUUGUGCAUCUGAGAAUUCAUACUGGAGGGAAACUUUAUGAAUGUAGUGAAUGUGGAAAGGCCUUCACGAGGAAGCAAUAUCUUACUGUGCACCAGAGAAAUCAUACUGGAGAAAAACCUUAUGAAUGUAGGGAUUGUGGAGAGGCCUUUAUGAGAAAGCCAGAGCUUACUGUGCAUCAGAGAAUUCAUACUGGAGGGAAACCUUAUGAGUGUAGUGAAUGUGGAAAGGCCUUCACAAGGAAGCAGUAUCUUACUGUGCAUCAGAGAAUUCAUAUUGGAGAAUACAUUCUUUAUGAAUGUACUGAAUGUGGGAAGGCCUUCAGGGAGAAGUCACAUCUUAAUGUUCACCAGAGAAUUCACACUGGAGAGAAACCUUAUGAAUGUAGUGAAUGUGGAAAGACCUUCAGACAUAGGGGAAAUCAUACUGUGCAUCAGAGAAUUCAUACUGGAGAGAAACCUUAUGAAUGUAGUGAAUGUGGAAAGGCCUUCAGGAGUAAUUCAGGGCUUACUGUGCAUCAGAAAAUUCAUACUGAUGAGAAACCUUAUGAAUGCAGUGAAUGCGGAAAAACUUUCAGAUAUAAAGGAAAUCAUACUGUACAUCAGAGAAUUCAUACUGGAGAGAAACCUUAUGAAUGUAGUGAAUGUGGAAAGGCCUUCAGAAGUAAGGAUCAUCUUAUAGUACAUCAGAGAGCUCAUACUGGAGAGAAACCUUAUGCAUGUGAAUGUGGAAAGGCCUUCAGGAGCAAGGAUCAUCUUAUAGUGCAUCAGAGAAUUCAUACUGGAGAGAAACCUUAUGAAUGCAGUGAAUGUGGAAAGGCCUUUAGGAGUAAGGAACAACUUAAAGUGCACCAGAGAGUUCAUACUGGAGAAGACAAACCUUAUGAAUGUAGUGAGUGUAGGAAAGCCUUCAGGAAAAAGCUAGAGCUUACUAUGCAUCAGAGAAUUCAUACUGGAGAGAAACCUUAUGAAUGUAGUGAGUGUGGAAAAUCCUUCAGGAUUAAGAGACGCUUUAUUAUGCAUCAGAGAAUUCAUACUGGAGAGAAACCUUAUGAAUGUAGUGAAUGUGGGAAGGCCUUCAGGAUUUACUCACAACUUAAAGUGCAUCAGAGAAUUCAUACUGGAGAGAAACCUUAUGAAUGUAGUGAAUGUGGGAAGGCCUUCAGGACUUACUCACAACUUAAAGUGCAUCAGAGAAUUCAUACUGGAAAGAAACCUUAUGAAUGUAGUGGAUGUGGAAAGGUCUUCAGGAUUAAGAAACACCUUAUAGUGCAUCAGAGAGUUCAUAGGAGAGACACCUUGAAAAUGUAGUGAAUGUGGGAAGGCCUUUAUGUAUAUUGCUUCAGAAAUU